AUGGAAGGCGGGCAUAAGUUCCAGGAAGCAUCAAAGGCAAAAUAUGAUUGUCUUUUAUUUGAUCUUGACGACACCCUUUAUCCUUUGUGUUCUGGAAUGUCAGCCCAAACAGCAAAAAACAUUCAAGAGUUUAUGCUUCAAAAGCUUGGGAUGGAGGCUGCUGAAGUUCCCGAAUUAUGCCAUUCAUUAUAUAAGACUUAUGGGACAACAAUGGCUGGUCUAAAGGCAAUUGGCUAUGACUUUGACUAUGAUGACUUUCACAGUUUUGUUCAUGGGAGAUUGCCAUAUAAUAUGUUGCUGAAACCAGACCCUGUUCUCAGGAGCAUUCUGCAAAGCUUGCCGAUUAGGAAAAUUAUUUUUACAAAUGCAGACUCAAAGCAUGCAUUUAGAGCACUUCAAAGCCUUGGAUUGGAGGACUGCUUUGAAAAAAUUAUAAGUUUUGAUACUCUGAAUUCUUCCAACAACAUUGAUCCUUCUUGUGAUGAAGAUGGCAGUGAAACCACACCAAUCACCUCGGGAAUUUUUGACUUUUAUGAGCACAUACGCCAACCUGAUUCAGAUGUGGUGCUCCCAAGGACCCCAGUUGUCUGCAAACCCUUUGAUGAUGCUUUUGAAAACGUUUUCAAGUUGGCAAACAUUGAUCCUCAAAGAACACUGUUCUUUGAUGACAGCUUCCGCAAUUUAGUAACAGCCAAACGCUUGGGCCUCCACACAGUCGCUGUGGGUACAUCUGUUCGUGCAACAGGAGUGGAUCAUGCAUUGGAGUGUAUCCAUAAUGUCAGGGAGGCGUUUCCAGAGCUUUGGGAUUCCGACGAGAAACAUGAAAUUGUCCAGUACAAAGUUGCUAUUGAAACAUCAGUAAAAGCAUAG